CUCCAUUCCUCUACUUCGCAGUCCCUGUUUCACAUCCAAUACCUCCUCCCCAUCUCUCUACAUGGCCACUCAAACAUGUAUCUCGACUUCCACAACCGCCUGGGCCUGGGUUCCCUCCUCACGAUGGCCCUCUCGCUCGUCUCCCCGCGUGAGCGCACCCUCGUGAAGCAUGAGCCCGCCCUUCCUCCUUCAUACCCACUAGCCGUGCGCAACCCCUAUCUCUCGGCCUGGAUGCCCAGCGAUCAGGUCCAGACGCUGCCCUACGCGGAGCCCCAGUUCUGGGCCGGCCAGAGCUUGACUUGGUCGGUCAUGGCCCGCGUCGACGGCCAGACGUAUAGCUUGAUGAGCGUUAAGAACCCGGGCGACAGGAUUCGUCCCGCCGUCGUGCGCUCCGCGGAGUAUACCGCGUCGCACUCGGUUUUUACACUGUCGGCUGGUUCGGUUGUGUUUAUGCUGGACUUCUUUUCGCCGGUUUCGCCGGCGAAUUAUCUGAGGCAGUCGCUGCCUUUUAGCUAUUUGACUGUUACCGUUUCGGAGUCUUUGGGCAAUGAUGUUCAGAUAUUCUCUGGUAUAGAUGGCAGGUGGGCGGGGAGACCACAACGGACAGCCCGUCAUUUUCAGCACGCCAAUUCAACCGCCAUAUACUCACUGGGCGUCAAGAACGCGGUCCCAUACUCAGAGCACAACGAUAUGGCGACCUGGGGCGAUGCUGUCUUUGCUGCGCGCCCGAGCCGCACAUCCAAACUCUCCUUCUCGUCCGGAGACCGCGGCGACGUGCGCUCUGAUUUCCCUUGGGUCCCUGGAGGCAUCGUGGCGCUGUCGCAUGAUCUCGGCACCGUCACGGGGAAAGCCGCCAUCAAUUAUCUUGGGAAACCCUAUACCGGAUACUAUCGAGCUGCGUAUCCCUCCACGGCGGAGGCCCUCAAUCACUUCCUGGACGACUACACGGAUGCGCUCCUGGAAUCGCGCGUGCUCGACACGGAGAUGGCCACCCGAGCGGCGGCCGCGGCCGGUCCCAAGUAUGCGGACAUUGUCACGCUCUCGGCGCGCCAGGCCUAUGGCGGCAUUGAUGUCACGAUUCCCGAUGACACGAAAGACCCUAGUGAUGUCCUGGCGUUUAUCAAGGAAUUGUCAAGUAACGGCAACCUCAACACGGUGGACGUGAUCAUGCCCGCCUUCCCCAUCUACUACGUGAUGGACCCCGACUACAUCCGACUGCUCCUCGAGCCCAUGAUGCGGUAUCUGGCGGCGGGCCGCUGGCGGCAGCCGUACGUGAUCCACGACAUGGGCUCACACUAUCCCAACGCUAUCGGCCACGACAACCAAGUUGCUGAACCGAUGCCCAUCGAAGAGUGCGGCAACCUGAUGGUCUUAGCAUUGGCCUACGUGCGCGCCACGGGCGACACAGCGUGGGUCGAGCAGUACGUCGACCUCCUGCGCCCCUACGCCGACUACCUGAUCGACAACGGCGUCGACAUUGCCCUGCAGCUGUCAUCCAAUGACGCGGCAGGUCCCCUAGCCAACGAGACAAACCUGGCCAUCAAGGCAACCGUCGGUCUGAAGGCCUACGGUGCCCUAACCGGAGAGACAGAGUACUCUCGCAUUGCCGACGAACGGGCCAACCUCUUCUUCCACCAAGGACUAGGCACGGACGACACCCAGACACAUUUCGUCCUGCAGUACCCCGACAGCCAGGAAUCCUGGAAGACGCCGUACAACAUCUUCCCCGACGUCCUGUUCGACCUGCGCACCUUCCCCGACGCAGCCCACCAGAUGAGCAGCGCCUUCUUCCGCACGGUGCGCGCCGAGUACGGCGUGGCGCUCGACCACCGCCAGGACUGGGCCAAGUCCGACUGGAACAUGUGGCUGGCGGCGACCCUGGAUGCGACGACGCGCGAUGAGUUUGUCGAUGACCUGUGGGCGUACAUGACCAACGGCAAGCACACCUGGCCCUUUUCGGACCGCUAUGUGUCCACCUCGGCCAAGGGGGCUACCCCUGGCGUGCCGGUUCUGUGUCGCGCACGACCCACGGGGCCCAAGUCUCUCCAGUUGGCUGUCGCGAAGGCGCUGGAUGAGACGCCCGCAGCGACGGAGCCCCGUCCGCCUCACAACUUCGGUGCGCAAGGCUACUCGUCCCUCCCCAACGGCGCCACCAACCCUGUCCCCGGAGCGGUCCCUCUUCUUCCCAACAAUGGCCGGAUUAUUCAGAACGGCCCGACUAGAGUUCUGUGUAUUGCCGAUGUUCGAGGGAAUUUGAAAUCUUUGAAUGAGUUGGCCAAGCAGGCCCGUGCUGAUCAUAUUAUCCACACUGGUGACUUUGGUUUCUAUGAUGAUACCUCGCUGGAUCGGAUUGCAGACAAGACGCUCAAACAUGUGGCCCAGUACUCUCCGCUGCUUCCUGAAAAUGUGAAGCGCGCGAUUGCUCAAACCCCGCCCCAGCAGUCCAUCAAGCAACGGUUCACGCCGGACCAGCUGCCCCUCUCGGAGCUUUCCAUGCUGCUCGACAAGCGGCUGACCCUCGACGUGCCCGUAUACACCGUGUGGGGUGCUUGUGAGGAUGUCCGGGUGUUGGAGAAGUUCCGCUCCGGGGAAUACAAGGUGGACAAGCUGCACAUCAUCGACGAGGCGAACUCGCGGUUGCUGGACAUCGGGGGCGUCAAGUUGCGCCUGCUCGGGUUGGGAGGUGCCGUCGUGAUGCACAAGCUGUUCGACAACGGUGAGGGGAAGACGACGAUUGCCGGUGGCCAGGGUACCAUGUGGACGACGUUGCUGCAGAUGGGCGAGUUGAUCGAUACGGCGAACCGCGUCUACGACCCGUCCGAGACCCGCAUCUUCGUGACCCAUGCCUCGCCCGCGCGGGAGGGCAUGCUGAACCAGCUGUCGGUGACGCUCAAGGCCGAUUUCUCCGUCUCGGCCGGUCUGCAUUUCCGAUACGGCUCCUCCUACAACGAGUUCUCCGUCAACCCCUCGCUCGACCAUUACCGGGGCAAGCUCGCCGCGUCCAAGGCCUCCUUCCACGACGUGUGGGAGACGGUCCGGGGCGAGGUCGAGGCGGCCAUCUCUUCCAACGAAGCCCAGAAGACGCUCCUGGACAACGCCCUCGACGUGGUCCACAAGAUGCCCACCGUCGCCAAUGGCGGGAACCCCUUCGGCGGUCCGUCGGCCGCUGGCAACGGCGCCGGCCAGGUCGACGAGAGCGCCUUCAAGAACAUGUGGAACUUCAACCUGGCGGAUGCCGCGUUUGGCUUCCUGGUGCUGGAGAUCGAGGGCGGUCGCAUCGCUACGGAGAUGCGCGCCCAGGGGUUCAACUUCUCCCACCGCAGCGGCAAGCCCUUGGCCCCGGCGUCCCGGCCCCCCACCACGCGUGGGCCCCCGCAAUUUGGCCAGGCCCAGCCAGCCCGGGUCGCCCCGCCGGCCCAGCAGCCGCCCAAGGGCCAGGCCGGUGCCUCUCCCGCCCCCGUGAUCCCGAAGCCCGCCACGCCGCAACCCGCGGCAUCAUCCGCCGCUCCCGGCUCCCCCGCCAAGUCCGCCGACGCCAACGGCACCGCCCAACCGGACAAGUCCGCCGAGUCGCCCGCGUCCCGCGGGGAGAAGAAGCUGACGAACGGUCUGUUUGUGUCCAACGUCGACAACGAGCAAGCCGUCCGGGAUAUCUUCCCCGAGGAGGAUCGGUCGAAGGUGGUGAAGGUGGAGAAAUGGGGCAAGUACAACCACGUCGUCACGUUCAAUACGGUCGAGGAGGCCAAGGCUGCGCUCGACCGCCAACCCACCGAGCAUAAGAAGCCCACCCCGCAGGGUCAGCCCCGCAAGCCCAACGUCAAGUUCUUCGAGGACCGGGGCGGCCACCGCGGCAACGCCGGCACCUGGCAAGGCAGCACCCGCGGCUCCAACCCGCAGCGCGGAUAUCAGAGCGGUGGUGCCAGUGACAGCGAGGGUGGCCGUGGGCGCGGUGGAUUUAGCGGACGCGGUCGGGGUCGCGGAGACCGGGGUGGUCGCGGCGGCGGGCGCGGGGGUCGCGGGGGAUUCACCAAGGGGUCCUCCGACUCCCCGGCGCCGACGUCGACACCCUCCGGCGGCGACAAGCCGGGUCCGUCGGGCGGCGACGCAGCCUAA